CUUGUUAAACAGAGGGAUUUUUAAUGAAAAGAAGCCCUCGCCUUGGUUCAGGCAUUAAGGUAGACAGCUAAGGCGGGGUCCUGCGUGCAGCAGUGUUUCCCGGUGGCUUGUGGGAUUCGCUCUUUCCGUAGUCGGCCUUGACGCAGUCAAGAUGGGCAAGUGCCGUGGUCUUCGCACAGCAAGAAAGCUCCGCAACCACCGCCGUGAGCAGAAAUGGCAUGAUAAGCAGUACAAGAAAGCUAAUCUGGGCACAGCUCUGAAGGCCAACCCAUUUGGAGGUGCUUCUCAUGCUAAAGGAAUUGUCCUGGAAAAAGUUGGUGUAGAGGCUAAGCAGCCUAACUCUGCUAUCAGGAAGUGCGUCCGAGUGCAGCUGAUUAAAAAUGGCAAGAAAAUCACAGCUUUCGUACCAAAUGACGGUUGUCUGAAUUUUAUUGAGGAAAACGACGAGGUUCUGGUGGCAGGAUUUGGACGUGCCGGUCAUGCUGUUGGUGACAUUCCUGGUGUCCGAUUCAAGGUGGUUAAAGUAGCCAAUGUCUCUCUGCUGGCCUUGUACAAAGGGAAGAAGGAGAGACCAAGAUCAUAGACCUGUUUUGAAAAGGCAUUUAAUAAACCUCUUUUCACACA